AUGGCACCUUCUGCAGACACAGCAAAUGCCAGCAAUGACAUCCAAACGGCAUCAGUCGCCACCAAGCGGUCUCGUCGGGCUGCGGAUGAGGACGCAGAGAUGAUGACGUACGGAGACACCUCCGAAGAGGAGGACUACGACAGCAAGAGGUAUAUACCUGCGGCCAAGCGAAGGCAGAUGGAGCUGCAACGCAUCGCAGGUUUGGGCAAGUCAAACGGUGACGGGGCUAGUGCCAGUACUCAAAAAAGGCCAGGAGGUGAGGGCUCUGACCUCGAAGACAACGAAGACGUUGGUGUAAGACAAAGCAAGACUGCUCUUCUGCAUGCCGCACGCGAGCUGAGGGAACGCGAAGCAAAGGAGAAAAAGUCGGAAGCCGAGAAGCAAGCGGAGGAGGAAAGAAAGAUCCUGGAGGCUCACGCUGCCAGGCGGAAGCUGGCUUCCGAUAUGGAGCUGGCAAAGGGCAUAAGCUACACCGAACCCAUCAAGACCAGCUGGACUGCACCAAGAUUUGUGAGAGAGAGGACAGAAGAGGAGAAUGCGCGGCUGAGAGAGGAGAAUCAUGUAGAUGCAGACGGUUUGCACGUGCCACCGCUCAUCACAAAUUUCAGGGUGUGUACAUGCGCCUCCAAGAUUGCACUGGCCGCUCGAGCUGACAUGAUGAGGACCACCUGCAGGACAUGAAAAUACCGGCUCCUCUCAUUGCCUAUCUCGAAAGCAAAGGCAUCAAGAAACCCACUCCAAUUCAGAUGCAAGGUCUGCCUACAGCGUUUGCAGGGCGGGACAUGAUAGGCAUCGCAUUUACUGGUUCUGGAAAGACGCUCGCCUUUAGUCUGCCCAUCGUCAUGUUCUCGCUAGAGGAGCAGAAGAAGUUGCCGUACACCCGCGGCGAAGGUCCUCUUGGCAUGAUCGUUUGCCCAUCCCGAGAGCUGGCGAGGCAAACUUUUGACGGUCUCAAGGCAAUGGCUGAGGUGCUAGCUCAGAGCGGAUACCCCGAGAUUGGCGUAUUGCUCUGCAUAGGCGGUAUCAGUAUGGCUGAACAAGGUCACACUCUGAACAAAGGCUUCCACAUUGUCGUCGCGACACCCGGUAGGCUGCAAGACAUGUUGGAGAAGAAAAAGUUUACGCUGGAGUGCUGCAAGUAUCUAUGCCUAGACGAAGCAGACCGGAUGAUUGACAUGGGCUUCGAAGAGGAUGUCAGGAAUAUCAUGAGCUUUUUCAAGGUGCGUUGAAAGGGCAGACAAGUAUGCAGUUCUCCUCGCAGCGGCUCAUGAACAUGUUCAUUCCGUCUACGCAGCAACAAAGGCAAACCUUGCUUUUUUCUGCGACGAUGCCAAAGAAAAUUCAAGACUUUGCUGAGCAAUCGCUGAUACAACCAGUGGUCGUCAAUGUUGGUCGAGCCGGUGCAGCUAAUUUGGACAUCAUUCAAGAAGUGGAGUACGUCAAGCAAGAAGCCAAGAUGGUCUACCUACUCGAAUGUCUCCAAAAGACGGCGCCACCAGUCGUCGUCUUCUCGGACAACAAGAACGAAGUCGAUGAUAUACAAGAGUACCUGCUGCUCAAAGGUGUAGAGGCAGUUGCCAUUCACGGCAGCAAAACGCAAGACGAGCGAGAGUAUGCGAUCAAAAGCUUCAAGAGCGGCAAAAAGGACGUGAUGGUUGCGAGUGGUGUCGCGAGCAAGGGUCUCGAUUUCAACGAGAUUCAACACGUCAUCAACUACACCAUGCCCAAUCUUGAGGACUAUGUACAUCAAAUCGUAAGUCGUGUCGCGGGCAGCCUGGUCGGGGGCUUCGCAGAAUGUUCAGCAACUUGCUUUCCUUGCUCAGGGUCGUACGGGUCGUAGCGGCAAGACUGGUAUAGCCACGACCUUUGUCAAUAUGAACACAAACGAGCAGACGCUUCUAGAUCUCAAGUAUCUUCUAAUGGAAGCCAAGCAGCGCAUACCCCCAUUCUUGGCAGCCAUCGAAGACCCAAGGGCUAUGGGUGCUGGAGGCAAGCUCACCGGCUGUGCAGUCUGUGGCGGUCUUGGACACAGUGUCAAGGACUGCCCGAAGCUGGAGGAGAACCAAAAGCGACAGACUGCUGGCUUUUCCCGAGGAGACGGUGGUGGAGGCUACUGA